AACGCUGCAACCACCGAGGGACCAGCCUGGCGAUUAGUUUCACGUCCACGACAGGUUUUUUAAAAAUUUAAGAUUCGCAUGCUCUGAAUUUCAAUCGUUGAAUCAAUGGUUUAAGUAACGCUCGCGUUUAAAAUUGGUUAACGUUAGUUUUUAUUUGAAUUCACAAGUUUAUGGGAGCAAGCUAGCUUCCAAGGCUAAACUGACAUCGGUUGAGGUAACAAUAGUUUGACCCUCGCAGAUAACAUUGAUAUCUUUACCGCUAAAUAGUUUUAAACGUUUCUUUUAAAGACGCCGACGAGCACUUUAACUCAAAAUGAGCGCAGGUAUAGCGAAGCCGGCGAACCCGUCGGCACAUGUGGACCCGAAAUCAGCUCCUCUGAAAGAAAUCCCAGAUGUCCUGGUUGAUCCUCGCACCAUGAGGAGAUACGCGAGGGGGAGAUUCCUCGGAAAAGGUGGUUUCGCCAAAUGCUACGAAAUCACAGAUAUGGAGACGAAGCAGGUUUUCGCCGGAAAAAUCGUGCCUAAGUCCCUGAUCCUCAAGCAGCACCAGAGGGAGAAAAUGACCUCCGAAAUCGCCAUUCACAAGAGUCUCAACCACGCCAACGUCGUGGGUUUCCACGGGUUUUUCGAGGACGACGACUUUGUCUUUGUUGUCCUGGAAAUCUGCAGGAGAAGGUCCUUGUUGGAGCUGCACAAGCGCCGUAAGGCUGUGACUGAGCCUGAGGCUCGCUAUUACAUGACUCAGCUGCUGAAGGGUGUCCAGUACCUGCACAACAACAGAGUCAUCCACAGAGACCUGAAACUGGGCAACAUCUUCCUCAAUGAUGACAUGGAGGUCAAGAUAGGGGACUUUGGUUUGGCCACUAAGAUCGAGUUUGAUGGUGAGAGGAAGAAGACCUUGUGUGGAACGCCCAACUACAUUGCACCUGAAGUGCUCUGUAAGAAAGGCCAUAGCUAUGAAGUGGACGUCUGGUCACUUGGAUGCAUAUUGUACACCUUGCUGGUGGGUAAGCCUCCAUUUGAGACCUCCUGUCUGAAGGAGACCUACAACCGCAUCAAGAAGAACAACUACACCAUCCCCUGGCACAUCAACCCCUUGGCGUCCUCUCUCAUCAAGCGGAUGCUGCAUGCUGAUCCCGCCCAAAGGCCGACCAUCGCUGAUCUCCAGUCAGACGAAUUCUUUACAUCUGGCUACAUCCCCUUACGUCUGCCCACGACCUGCCUCACUGUGCCUCCACGGUUCUCUAUUGCCCCCUCCACAGCUGUGGAGCUCAACCAGAGGCGCCCACUGACCGCUAUUAACAACAAAGCAGGGACAGAGAAGGUGGAUGUAAAGGACGAACCUGUGCAACGGGAGCCUGAGCCGUCAGAGAACCACCUGAAAGACAUGCUGCAGCAGCUCAACAGCAUCAUUGCCGCCAAGCCCUCUGAGAAGGCUGUUAUCUGCCAAGAAGAGGCAGAGGAUCCUGCAUGCAUACCAAUCUUCUGGAUCAGCAAAUGGGUAGACUACUCAGACAAAUAUGGAUUAGGCUAUCAGCUGUGUGACAACAGCGUGGGUGUGCUGUUCAACGAUUACACGCGGCUGAUCAUGUACGCUGACGGAGACAGCCUGCAGUACAUUGACAAGGCGGCAACUGAAUCCUACCUCAGCGUGCGCUCUUACCCACCCACGCUCAACAAGAAGAUAACCUUGCUGAAAUAUUUCCGCAAUUACAUGAGCGAGCAUCUGCUCAAGGCCGGUGCCAACAUAGCACGGCGGGAUGGAGAUGAGCUAGCGCGGCUGCCUUACCUCUCCCUCUGGUUCAGAACAAAAAGUGCCAUCGUCCUGCACCUCACCAACGGCACCGUGCAGAUCAACUUCUUCCAGGACCACACCAAGCUGAUCCUGUGCCCGCUGAUGAGUGCAGUGACCUACAUCGACGAGAAGCGAGAGUUCCGCACGUACAAGCUGUCCCUGCUGGAGGAGUUCGGCUGCAGCAAGGAGCUGGCCAGCCGCAUCCGCUACGCCAAGCUCAUGGUGGAGAAACUGCUGGACAGCAAACCCUCCUCUGCCGCACAUUAGACCACCACACACACCACAAUCUUCAAUCACUGUCUCUGUCUUUAAUCACCGGCCACUACUUCCUGUCUGCCAGCUUUUAAGUACAUAGCAGACCCUUAAGUUCUUCUGUGUUUUUAUUGAAUGGGUGCAGCUGAUGAUUUUUAUGGCAUCUUUGAGGCAGUACCAUGACAAUUAAUCCUCUAUAUGUUGUACAUUAUUGUUUGAUUUCAGUCUCUCAGCCACUGUUUUUUAUCCCUUUUUCCUGCUGUUCUGUCACCUUAACUUUCUUGAUGAGUCUUGACGUGUUUCUCCUGACAUAAUCGAAGAUGGCUGCAGACGCACAGUCGACAAGUUGACCCUGUACGUUCAAACGCGACCGGGAGGAAAAGAUAAAUGCUAAUUGUUCAAAUUCAUCUUGACGUUAAAACAUUCCUCCCAGAUUCUGUCUGCUGGUUGAUUUGCAUUUGUUUAUGUAUCAGUGGUGCUUUUAGGCCUAAAGCCGAGUGGACAAACGUGUGUUGGGGAUUGAGAAUCAGACUGGCUGUGUGGAUGAAAAAAAAAAAGCUUCUCUUCAUCUGUCUGUCUUAUCUGUGUCGUCUGUGCAGAAAUGGACCAUGUCUAUACGUCUUCAUCAUGCACAUUCUUCCUGUAGUUACCUUUUACUUUUUUUUAAAUGUCUAUAUUAGAUGUCUUUUUCACCAUGAUGUGCAAACUUGUACAUACUGCUGAAUAUGCAUACAUGAUGUAAAGAUGGUUUAAUUUUACCCAAGUUUAAAUAAAGAUUCUUUGAAUUUAAA